GGGGAAGACGAAGGUGGAGCGGCGGUUACGGCGGAGGAUUUAGAUGUGAAGAUUCCGCCGCCGACGAAUUACGGAUUCGAUCAUUCUGCGCCGCCGCAUAAUCCGUUUCAGAUGAUUGAUAAAGUUGAAGGAUCGAUUGUUGCGUUUGGGAAUGGUUUAGAUGUUUUCGGCGGAGGAGGAGGAGGAGUAGGAGCUGGUGGUGGAGCGAGAGGGAAGAGAGCUAGAGUAAUGGUUGAGCCAUUGGAUAAAGUAGCUGCACAGAGACAGAGAAGGAUGAUUAAGAAUCGUGAAUCUGCUGCUAGGUCUAGAGAGAGGAAACAAGCUUAUCAAGUUGAGUUGGAAACUUUGGCUGCGAAGCUUGAGGAAGAGAAUGAGUUGCUUUCAAAGGAGAUUGAAGAUAAGAGGAAAGAGAGAUACCAGAAGCU